AUGACGCUCCUCCUCUUCGCCGUCCUUUGCGUCCUCCUGGCAUCGCUGUCCGGCCGCACCCACGCAGCAUCCGACUACCAUGAGCGCCUCGACCUUCAGCCUCUGCCCGGCUCGUCGCUGCUAGCUUCGUUCAAUUUCCGCAGCAAUUCGUCCGUCUCGUCGUUCGAGAAGCAGCAUUUCCGCUAUUUCCCCCGCUCGCUAGGCCAGAUUUUGCAGCAUGCUCACACCAAGGAGCUCCAUCUGCGCUUCUCCACCGGGCGCUGGGAUGCGGAGAGCUGGGGCACCAGACCGUGGAAUGGGUACAAGGAGGGAGCUACAGGGGUAGAGCUGUGGGCAUGGAUUGACGCACCGUCCGAGGAUGAGGCUUUUGCGAAAUGGGUCACUCUGACACAGUCCCUCUCGGGCUUGUUCUGCGCAUCUCUAAAUUUCAUUGAUUCCACUCGCACCACGCGGCCAGUCGUCUCAUUCGAACCCGUUGGGGAUCAUGCUCCCUCCGACCAGCUGCACCUCCUGCAUGGCACCCUCCCGGGAGAAGUCGUCUGUACGGAGAACCUCACUCCGUUUCUGAAGAUGCUCCCAUGCAAGGGGAAAGCGGGAAUCUCGAGUCUUUUUGAUGGACACAAGCUGUUUGAUGCGUCGUGGCAAAGCAUGUCCAUCGAUGUGCGGCCGACGUGCCCGCCCGGUGAGCCAGAAUGCUUGGUUGAGAUUGAGCAGACGGUCGAUAUGGUGCUGGACAUUGACCGGUCUAAGCGACCACGGGGUAUGAACCUUCUCAAGACUCUUUUGACCUCUAUGUCUUCUAUAUGGUGGACUCUGACUGAGGUCUUUGGCCGUCCUGUCAAAGGGCAAUGUCUGUCGGAUGACGAAGGAGCAGGAGACAAAGUCAUCUGCCUAAAGGUGCCUCAUGAGAGGAACGUCUUUGUUACUACGGAAGCCUUCGAAGUGAAGAAUCCAGACGGUGUCUCCAGAUGCUUCAGCCUCAUCAGCUCCAACGAUUUCGACCUGGUUCUUCCCGAGGAGGAAGUGCAGACCAAGGUGCCUCUGGAGCAGCCGGUCCUGCAUGCGGAGCGGACCAUCAUCGGCCACGGGCAGGAGCGUGGCGGAAUGCGGGUGAUUCUGAGGAAUCCUUCGAGCAGCAAGGCAGUGGACUUUAUCUACUUUGAGUCGCUGCCGUGGUUCAUGCGUCCCUAUCUGCACACGCUGCAGGCGACGGUCAUCGGCAACGACGGGGUUCCCAGACAGGCGCCGGUGUCGGCCAUCAUCAAGGACAUUUUCUACCGGCCGGCUGUUGAUCGCCAGAGGGGCACGCAGCUCGAGCUGGUGUUGUCGGUACCGGCCGAUUCGACCGUGACGCUAAUCUAUGAUAUUGAGAAGACUAUCCUGCGGUACACAGAGUAUCCCCCGGACGCCAAUCGGGGGUUCAACGUGGCGCCGGCUAUCAUCCGGCUUCUGGACCAGGAGGGGCCCCCCCGUCUACCUGCGCACGACCAGUCUGCUCCUCCCGUUGCCGACGCCGGACUUCAGCAUGCCAUACAACGUGAUCAUCCUGACGAGCACGGUGAUGGCGCUGGGGUUUGGAAGCAUCUUCAAUCUGCUAGUGCGCCGGUUUGUGCCUGCUGA